UUUUCUAUAAAUGCACCACACCACUCCAUUUUCCACAACCCUUUCCAAAUUGUUAAUACAUUCUUCUCUUCUUUCUUUUUUGUUCAUUUUCUUUCCUACACAUAACCAUGUCUUCUGAGACUGUUGUCCUAAAAGUAAAAAUGUCAUGCCAAGGAUGUGCUGGAGCAGUCAAUAGGGUUUUGGCAAAAAUGGAAGGUGUAGAAUCAUUUGGCAUUGAUUUGAAGGAACAAAAGGUGACUGUAAAAGGAAAUGUGAAACCACAAGAAGUUUAUGAAACUGUUUCUAAAAGUGGAAAGAAAACUGAAUUUUGGGUAGAUCCUGAAAACAAGUCCACAGAAAUUGCUACUGAAGUUGGAUCUGAGAACAAACCUUCAGAAGCUGCAACUGUUGUCUCUGCUGAACUUGAUAACAAGCCUUUAGAAGUUGCUGCAACUAUUGCAUCUGUUGAGGAAGAUAACCAAUCUUCAAAGAAUGUCACUGUUAUCUCUGCUGAAUCCGACAAUGUUGUUGUCUAAGACAGUUGUAGUUCUAUUUCUCUUAGGAAUUAGUUUGUGUUUUUAUGGCAAGAAAUUAGUCUAUUUUAAUUUUAAAUGUUAUUUGAUGUUUACCUUAAUGUUAUUUUGCACUUUUGUGAUGAAUGUUUUGGUUGACUAGUGUGGUUUAAACUGGAGUUUAACUUGUCCUAAUUCCUGCUUAA